AUAAAGGAGAACACUGAAAACCCGGUGGAUUCAAAAUCCAUUAAAAACUUGGAACCAAAGGUCAGACAUGGAAGUGAAUCAAUGGACUGUGGAAUAUCCUUGGACAAUAGUUAUAAAAUGGAUCAUCCUAAAAUGGGUUUAUGUAUAAUAAUUAAUAAUAAGAACUUUCAUAAAAGCACUGGAAUGGCAUCUUGGUCUGGUACCCAUGUCGAUGCAGCAAACCUCAGGGAAACAUUCAUGAACUUGAAAUAUGAAGUCAGGAAUAAAAAUGAUCUUCUACAUGAAGAAGUUAUGGAAUUGAUGCGUAACGUUUCUAAAGAAGAUCACAGCAAAAGGAACAGUUUUGUUUGUGUGCUUCUGAGCCAUGGUGAAGAAGAAAUAAUUUUUGAAACAAAUGGACCUAUUGACCUGAAAAAAAUAACAAGCUUUUUCAGAGGGGAUUGUUGUAGGAGUCUAACUGGAAAACCCACAUUUUUCAUUACUCAGCACCUGGUUAUUAUUCCUGGUGAAAUUCAAAGGAUGGCUCCUGGUUCAUCCAGUCGCUUUGUGCCAUGCUGGAACAGUGCACCCACAAGCUUGCGUUCAUGCACAUUCUUACCCAGGUUAACCAAAAGGUGGCAACAGAAUUUGAGUCCUUUUCCCUUGAUGCUGCUUUUAAUGCAAAGAAACAGAUUCCAUGUAUUGUUUCCAUGCUCACAAAAGAACUGUAUUUUUAUCACUAAAGAAGUUGUUGUGGUUUUUUUUAGUUUGUAAGCCAAGUGAGAAGACAGUAUAUUUGGUACUGUAUUUCCCUCUCAUUUUAACCUACUCUCAUGCUGCAGAGAGUACUUUGAGACAUACUC